AUGGUGAACCUGAGGAACGCGGUGCGCUCGUUCCUUGUGCACCUAAUUGGCCUAUUGGUUUGGCAAUGUGAUAUUUCUGUGAGCCCAGUAACAGCUAUAGUAACUGACAUUUUUAAUGCCUCCGAUGGUGGACGCUUUAAAUUUCCAGACGGGGUACAAAACUGGCCAGCAAUUUCAAUUGUCGUAAUAAUAAUCAUGACAAUAGGUGGCAAUAUUCUCGUAAUCAUGGCAGUUAGCAUGGAGAAGAAACUGCACAAUGCCACCAAUUACUUCUUAAUGUCCCUAGCCAUUGCUGACAUGCUAGUGGGACUACUUGUCAUGCCACCGUCGCUGCUUGCGAUCCUUUAUGAUUAUGUCUGGCCACUACCUAGGUAUUUGUGCCCCGUCUGGAUUUCCUUAGAUGUACUAUUUUCAACAGCGUCCAUCAUGCACCUCUGCGCUAUAUCGCUGGACCGGUAUGUAGCAAUACGUAAUCCUAUUGAGCAUAGCCGUUUCAAUUCGCGGACUAAGGCCAUCAUGAAGAUUGCUAUCGUUUGGGCAAUAUCAAUAGGUGUCUCAGUUCCUAUCCCUGUGCUAGGACUGAGGAACGAAGACAAGGUGUUCGUGAACAACACGACGUGCGUGCUCAACGAGCCAAAUUUCGUUCUCGUUGGGUCCUUCGUAGCAUUCUUCAUACCGCUGACGAUUAUGGUGAUCACGUACUUCCUGACAAUCUACGUUCUUCGCCGACAAGCUCUGAUGUUACUACAAGGCCGCACCGAGGAUCUUCCGGGACCUUUAAGUCUGGACUUUCUGAAAUGCUGCAAGAGGAAUUCCGCUGACGAAGAAAACUCUGCCAACCCCAAUCAAGACCAGAACGCCGCGCGCGGAAGAAAGAAGAAGGAGAAACGUCCGAGGGGCACCAUGCAGGCUAUCAACAACGAAAGGAAAGCGUCGAAAGUCCUUGGCAUUGUUUUCUUUGUGUUUCUGAUAAUGUGGUGUCCGUUUUUCAUAACGAAUAUUCUGUCUGUUCUUUGUGAAAAAUCUUGUAAUCAAAAGCUUAUGGAGAAAUUGUUGAAUGUGUUUGUGUGGAUUGGUUACGUAUGCUCCGGAAUCAAUCCUCUGGUGUAUACGCUAUUUAAUAAAGUGUAUCGCCGGGCUUUUUCUAACUAUUUGCGCUGUAAUUAUAAAGCUAAGAAAAAGCCUCCUAUCAGGCAAAUUCCAAGAGUCGCUGCCACUGCUUUAUCUGGGAGGGAGCUUAAUGUUCAUGUUUAUCGGCAUACCAAUGAACCGGCGAUUAAGAAAGUUGAUGACAAUGAGCCGGGUAUAGAGAUGCAAGUUGAAAAUUUGGAGCUCCCAGUAAAUCCCUCUAAUGUGGUUAGCGAAAGAAUAAGUAGCGUAUAA